ACCUUGGCCUUUUCUCUCUGUCAGCUGUCUCCUCUUCGCGACCUGGCCGACAAGUUGAAGAUUGAAACAAGGAAGAGAGACCCAGGAUUUCCUCUAUCUCUUGUUGGGCGCCGCAAUCAUUACAUCACUAUCACUUGAACACUCUUCCUUCUCACACCGAUCGCGUUUUCUUCAAGUCGCUCCUCGCGCCUCGUUGGCCGCCGCCAAUAUUCUCGAGACACUUCUCGCGCCGCUGAUCUUCCUUAUCCCCCUUCCCACUCUCAAAGCGUCGCAACUCGCUUCUACGUGGUCGCUAUUUCAAAAAAAAUCGCCUGCUUUUGAAUCCAGUUUUCUUCUGUCAGGCUGGCCGGUCGAGCAGUACAUUCGCUCUCAGCUAUCGAUUACUCGGGUAUAACAAAUGAUGUCGAAGCAGGCGGCUCCUUCAGCUUAACUGACGUUUUCCCCACUGUCAUAUUCAUGUUUGUGGUUCUAUUCUGUAGAUGGCUCAAUGGCUUCAGCCAGCAUCGAGAACGACUUUAUAAAUUCGAAGAUGAAGCCGUUCAGAGACGCCGCCGUUUUCGUGUUCAUUCAGAGGAAUCGGAAGAACUGAAUGACCACGAAUCGUAUUCUGAAACUGAUAUUUGUACACAGCUUUUGGCAUCAUCUGCAGACGUAACCUGUCAUAUAAAUGUUGAUUUGGUCAACCAGAAUCGAUUUUAUUUCUUUGUAAAGCAAAGAAAUAAAAAAGAAAAUUCGACCAAUGAAGAAGAAGAAAUCUCUUCCCAAGAAAUAAAUACGAGUACACAAAAUGAAGAGACAGAAGUUAAUUUAGUGUUCGCUAGUGCGGAAGAUAAUGGAGGCGUCGCGUCGAAUUUCGAUAUAUCAGACGCUCUAAUGGUUACCUCUAACAUUUCCGAAGUCAGUAAACUACCGGAAACGUUGUGCGAAGAGGGUGAAACUGUACAACAAAAAAGUGUUGUAAAUGAGAAUGAUCAUUCGAAUGAGGACGAUGAACAGUCGCUACAAUCACAAGAUGGUUCAAGAUGCUCUGAUGAAGACAUGAACUCUUGCGUAUCUGCCUCAGAUGAAGAGGACGUUGAAUCUCAAGAUGAUUCUUUUCAUGUGAAUGAUGCUACCGAAGAAUCAAUUGAUUCGGUAAGCUCUAUUGAAUCACAAGAAGCAGAAGAGUCAGCAACUGAAGAUUUGGCGUCGUGUCAUUCGAACGACGAUAAAAAUGAAAAAGAUGUUCUUGUCGAUGAGGACACAUCCAAAUACGAUAACCUUCCGGUGGAAAUGCGGUCAGCAAAAGAGGGUGAAGAGAGUGAAGGGACGAUCGAUUCUUCAGUCUCCUCGUCGACAUCGUCUUCCUCAACGGGCGACGACGGGGACGACAGUGCUACCUCUUACGACUCAGAAGAUAUCGAAAUUCAGAUGUUCGAGUAUGAUCUGGGAACCGCAUGCGCUUCAGCUUCUAUUUCUAUUCCUCGUCCAUCUAUAAUUCCAAGAAAUAACAAAAAGACCGAAGUCAAUGCUAAUGAAGAGCGUUUGGACGAUUUAAGUGUGAGCCCCGGACGAAGUGAUUCUCCUGGAGGCGGCGGUGGUGGACAUUCAGAUUCAUUCCAAGAUCCAAUGGAUCCUGGAGAACAACUUGGAUCUGACGAUGAAGAACAAGAAGAUCCACGUGAUUACAAACGAGGUGGAUAUCAUCCAGUCAACAUUGGUGAUGUAUUCAAUGCGAGAUAUCAUGUGAUUCGUAAACUUGGAUGGGGUCACUUUUCUACGGUUUGGCUGGCGUGGGACACUCAAGACAAACGAUUUGUUGCCAUGAAAAUAGUGAAGUCAGCGGAGCAUUACACGGAAGCGGCUCUUGAUGAAAUUAAGUUGUUGCUAUCCGUACGAAGUGCUGAUCCAAAUGACAUCGGAUGCCACAAGGUUGUUCAAUUGCUCGAUGAAUUCACUGUUACGGGAAUUAAUGGUCAGCACGUUGCUAUGGUGUUUGAAGUUCUUGGGUGCAAUCUGUUAAAGCUGAUUAUACGCUCAAAUUAUCGAGGACUUCAUCUGGAACAAGUUAGGAAAAUAUGCAGACAAGUUCUGGAGGCGUUAGGAUAUAUGCAUGAAAAGUGCGGCAUCAUUCAUACUGAUAUUAAACCUGAAAAUGUGCUAAUCACGAUGAGCCGAGAAGAGAUCAAGAUUAUGGCUCAACAUGCUGUAGUUGCCCGGAAGAUGAAUAUGAAAAUGAGUGGAUCGGCUGUCAGUACUGCACCGGAUCAUUUGGUGAAAAUGGCUCAGGAGAAUAUGACGAAAAACAAGAAGAAAAAGAUGAAGAAGAAGGCCAAAAAACAACGAGAGAAGUUGGAAGCGGAAUUGGCUGGACUCGAAGGCCUCAAAAUGGACGCUAAUGGGCUGCAGGAGGCAUACAAUAAUGCACCGGAGUUGGAGAACUUCAACGCUUCACAAGUGGAAGAUGUCACCAUGGAAGAUACUGUCAAUGAAAAUGGAAACAGAAACAAGGUGGAAAUCAGGAGCCCUGAUCGUUUCGAUAGAACCACGCUGACUCCAUUCAGUGAUCCGGAGAGCAAGUUUGGAGAUUUGGCCUCACCAUCCGCCGAAUAUCUGAGCUCGCCCAUGAGCCAGUUGCCUCCAGGUGGUAUCCUGCCUGCUCCUCCAGUUGGCCCCAACAUUGGUGAUCCAUAUUGUGACAUCGACGUCAAAAUCGCUGAUCUCGGAAACGCGUGUUGGGUGAAUCAUCACUACACGGACGAUAUUCAAACUCGUCAGUAUAGAGCACUUGAAGUGUUGAUCGGUUCAGGAUACGGACCUCCAGCUGAUAUUUGGAGUACCGCGUGUAUGGCUUUUGAAUUGGCAACCGGUGACUAUUUGUUUGAACCACACCAAGGAGAUAACUAUUCACGCGAUGAAGAUCAUCUUGCGCACAUUUCCGAACUUCUUGGAGCAAUUCCACCGUCAAUUUACAAAAAGGGUAAACAUUGGAGAGAGUUCUUCCACAAAAAUGGACACUUACUUCACAUUCACCAACUUAAACCAUGGUCACUAUACGAGGUUUUGAGACAAAAAUACGAGUGGUCUCAUGAAGACGCGCAGCAGUUUGAAAGUUUCCUUCGUCCGAUGCUUGAUUUCGAUCAGGAGAAACGAUCUACGGCCAAAAUUGCAUUGAAACAUCCGUUCUUGUUACCAUUUGGAGGAAGAGCGCCAAAAUCUGAUUGUCCACCUGAGCUUCUGAGCAAGAUGUUUCCGGAUGGAUUGAUUCCCGAGCCGUUCGACGGAAAUGAGCAUCAGGAAGUUUACCGUGACGAAAAUGAUAGUAGAUCGGCGAGCGAGAGGAGUGCCAAUAGCAGGUCUGCGGGCGGCAGCGACGACGACGACGAGGAGGAGUUCAACAUGAAUCGACCUGGUCCAUCGGGGGUGAUAACAAACAAUGAAACGACCGACAUUUCUGACAUUGAACGCUUUCAGCUGGAUUUGCAGUAGUGCACGAAUCCCUCCUGUUUGUUAACACUUCCAUCACCGUCUCGUCACUCUUCAACGCCCUCUUGCACAUCUCCCGAGUUAAACAUGUUCUCCUGUCAAUUUGACGAUAUUCAUCUUUAUGUUUUUCCUUUUUUCAAUCAAAUUUUACUCGUUUCUUGCCUACGAUAGGUGAAAAGAAAACACUUCGGGCUAAUUUUUUUUUUCAGCAUUUUCCAAUCUUUUGUUCCAGAGUGUUUACUUUUAUGUUUUGAAUCUAGACAGUGUUUAACUUAUUGUUUCGGAUUUCAACAAUCAUCCGACUACUUCAUCUCCCCAUUCUCCCUGUCACUUUCUACAUCGAAUCACCGCAUCCUUUCUCUUUUUUACCACCGUUCUUCCUGAAGUGACUGAGCAGUAAGCACGUUUAGCGCCACUCUCGUGCGCGUCUCGUUGAAGCGCCUUUUGAUCUUUAGUGCUACUGGUAUAAUAUAAUUAUUUUGUACGAACAUCGUCCUUAUCCUCUGCCCAACAACAUCAUAUGCUUCUAUCAGCCUCAAACAGUAGAUCAUCUUUUCCCCCCAUUUCUUUUUCAUUUAUAUUCCUCCGUCUGUUCACAUACCCAAACUAUUUGGCAUAAACCUUUCUCAAAUCUUUACUGUGCUUCAUUGCUUCCUUUCCCCUUCUCUCUCUCUCAUUAUCUCGGUUUCCUCGUAGACAUAAAUGAUUGAAUUUUGUAACGUUAGCGAGAUAAAAAAUAAUUGAUUCAUG